CCUUUUGCGCAUGCGCAUUUCGCACCACCUCCCCAAACUCCGCCCAACAGCAGCUGUUGUUAUGAAACCAGCGCGUCGUGCGUGAUGACGAAGUGAGUCCCGCAGCUGGAAAAACAGACAAACCGAUCCAUGAUGCUUCGUGUCACCUCUGCCUCCUUGUGCGCCUCCUGUCAGAGGAUGAGGCUCCUCCUUCCUCCUUCGGUCUCGGCCUCCUCUGGGACCCCUCCCAUCAAGAGACAGGAGAACCAGCGUACAGUCUCCUCCCUCUACGAGCUGUCGGUGGACAUCAGAAAGGUGCGCAAGUUCAAGGGCUGGGUUUUGUCAGAGAGCACAGCGUACGUGUCUGAGACUGCGGACGUGCUGCGGGACAUGGGGGCGGACACUGCCGUCAUCGCCCGCAUCCUUGAGACCCACCCCGAGGCCGUCCUGUGCCGACCAGAGGAGGUGGUCGCUCAGCGGGACCUCUGGGAGUCUGUGUGCUCCAGCAAGCGCACCCUCCUAAACAUCAUCGAAAAGUUCCCUGCUUCCUUUUUCAGCGUCAAUCACCAUAGCAACCAGCGUGCCAACAUCCUCUACCUCCAGAGCCUGCGCCUCUGCAAACGGAUCAUCAGCAAGCUGAUGGCCAGCGCUCCGCAGAGCUUCAGCCGGCCUGUGGAGAGCAACAAAGAGGUGAUCCACACUCUCCGGGAGACCUACCUGGACCUCGGCGGAGAUGAGGCCAACCUCCGGAUCUGGCUGCAGAAGCUCCUCACCCAGAAUCCUCACAUCCUGCUGCGGCCCGCCGAGGCCUGGAGGGACAGUCUGAGCUUUCUGAGGGAGCAGGGCUUCACCACCGAGGAGCUCCUCAGCCUGGUGUCCAGCCUGAGAGCCUCCAUAGCAGAGCUGAAGCCCGAGUCCAUGCAGCAGGCCCUGGACUACAUCGAAGGAGCUCUCAACUGCUCCAAGGACGAACUCAAGAAAGUGGUCAUCCAGUGCCCGGCCGUCUUGUACUACUCUCUACCCAUGCUGGCAGGACGCUUCCAGGGUCUGAUGGAUGCGGGGAUGAGCAUCCAGCAGGUGAAGGAGUCUCCCAACGUUUUGGAGCUCACCACGCAGAUCGUCCUGUAUCGCAUCCAGAAACUGGCCUCCUAUGGUUACGACGUUCGGUCCGGCAGUUUGGACUUAAUCGUGGGAACCAAGAAAGACUUUGAGAUGACUUACACCAAACUGAACCUCAGGCAGCAGAGGCCUCUCUUCAACCCGGUGGCUCCUCUUAGAUCUGUUGAGGAGUAGCUGCGUUCCUUGAACCCGUUAACACCGGAGAUGUCGCCAGUGGUACCGAAUCCGUAACAUCUUGGACCGUGAUCAAUAUAAAUGACCUGAUUCUGAUUCUCCGCGACAGAAUCAGCUAAUUUACAUAACGUAAACACUCCUCCACUACUGGAAACUGUUACAUAUCAAUGCAAGGCUGCUUUCCUUCGCUUCAGAGUCCGAUAGAAUUGCGUUAUUUGUUGUCGAAGAGUUAAAAUAGUCAAAAGAAUGUCAACACUGGAGCUAAGAGGGUUACACGUGAGCACGCAUCUUCAAGAACGCGCUAAACAUCUAGCAUACGGUGUUCACACUGGAUUGUUGCUAUCCGAUACUAUCACAAAAACCUACAGUUUGAGAGCUUGAUUUCUCACAGCUCUAUUCCGAUAUACGACUAUAUCAGCAGUAGUUCCUUUAGAAAUUUACUUCUGAGUUGUGGGCGGGAAUGUUGGCAAAGAGUAAGCCUGCCUUCAUUUCCCAUCAUUCCCACAAAUCGCAAUUAUUAAUUUCUCCUUUAAGACCAAUUUUCAAACGGUUGGCACUUGUGUAAAUUCAAAAUGAUGCUACCCAUACGUCACUAACAAAUCCGAGUCCCUUAUUGGCCAGAGUU